AUGGCGAAUGGCCCUAGGAGGCAGCCAUUUUCUGCAGUCAAUAGUCGGCAAGAUGUUCCGGCUGCUACCGAUGCUAGCAGAUCUCAAACAGAUCUUGAAAUGACAAGUGAGUCUUUUAAGCAAGUUAAAAUGGAGAAACUGACUAUUGUGGAGAACCUUAGCAAUCUAAGGGGUCACAAUAGGGCAUUUCAGGACCAAUUGAGUUCUUUUAAGGCUUCACUGGAUGACGCUAUAAAGCAAAAAGAGUCAUUAAUGAAUGAACUCAGAUGCCUUCGAGGGGAACUGCAGCAAGUGAGAGAGGACCAUGAUCGCCAAAUUGCAAAGGUGCAAGCUUUGGUUGCUGAGGUAGAGAAGUACAAAGAAUAUACUGGGAAGUCAUGUGCAAAGUUGGAUACUUUGACGAUAAAAUCAAAUGCCUUGGAGGAGACAUGCUUAUCACAAAGGGAGAGGAUACGUAUGCUUGAGCAUCAGUUGGUUGCUGCAAAUGAGAAAUUAAAGAUGGCUGAUUUAUCUGCUUCAAAAACAAGGACAGAAUAUGAAGAGCAGAAGAGGAUUGUGUGUGAGCUACAAGAUCGCCUAGCCAAUACAGAGCUCCAAGUUAUAGAAGGAGAAAAAUUACGAAAGAAGCUGCACAACAUUAUUCUGGAGCUAAAAGGGAACAUUCGAGUAUUCUGUAGAGUGCGGCCCUUGCUGCCUGAUGAUAAUGCUGGAACAGAAACUACUGUCAUUUCUUAUCCUACAUCAACUGAAGCUCUAGGUCGGGGCGUCGACUUGCUACAAAGUGGUUCUAAAUAUCCUUUUACAUUUGACAAAGUGUUUAAUCAUGAGGCAUCACAGCAAGAUGUUUUUGUCGAAAUAUCACAACUGGUGCAGAGUGCACUUGACGGCAAUGAGGUUUACAUAUUUGCUUAUGGUCAGACGGGGUCUGGUAAAACCUAUACCAUGAUGGGCAGGCCAGAGGACUCAGAGCAGAGAGGGUUAAUACCCCGUUCUCUUGAAAAAAUAUUCCAAAUUAGUCAGUCUCUUCAAUCCCAUGGAUGGAAAUACAAGAUGCAGGCCUCAAUGCUAGAAAUAUACAAUAUGACAAUCCGUGAUUUGUUAUGUACGAAUCAAUCAAGUACUGUUGACAUGAUGCUAACCGAAAGUGUUAUUGGUGGAAAGCAGUAUACAAUUGAACAUGAUGCGAAUGGAAACACACAUGUUUCUGAUCUCACGAUUAUUGAUGUUUGUAGCAUAAAAGAGGUCUCCUCUCUUCCACAUCAGGCGGCUCAGAGCAGGUGUUCAUUUUAUGAUACGGACAUAUAUAUGCUGCUGCUGUUUAAACUAUUAAUGAAUUGAAGGCCAUUACAAUUUCUGUCUAUGAUUUUCAACGAUGCUUGUUCGCUUCCCCCUCUGAUCUGGUGCUAUGUGUAUCGCUACUGUUCUAUACCUUUUGUAAGGAUACAGUGAUACAUAAAACUUUUGGACUUCAAUGAUUUAUUUUUUUAACAAUGUAAUUUGCUAUAAAAAACUCUGUUGUAAUAUGGAACAUGUUCUUGUAAAUAUUAUUUAAAUAUCUUGAAUUAUAAAAAUUAAAUAAUUUGCUUUA